UCCUGUGGCAGUGCCCGACGGGCAGGUAACAUUUGCCAUUACUCCGGUGGGUUGUCACACAGUAAUAUGAGGGGGUGGGCUCAGUAAUGAGGAGGCUGGUAGAGGAGAGCACGCGCUCGGGACAGCGGGAAGACACAGAGCGGGCACACUGCUGGAGACAGUACCAUGUACAUUGGAGUGGGCACCGGGUGGCAUCCCCGGCUCUGGGUGGAGCAUAUAGGAAACUUUUCUCGGUAAUGGAAGCUAAACUUUCCUCGCAGCCUCUCCUGUCAGCGCUCGUGAACUUCGCAUAGACGCCGCUAUCUCCAUCCAUCGUCUCCCCGUGAUGAGCUGAGACCUCCUGCCCCCGAAGGGAGAAUGGCAGUGGGGGCACAGCCCCAGACAGACAAUGGCCGGGUGCCCUCACUCUCCCUGACGCCUACUGCUGGCCAAGAGAUGGAGUUCGUGGCCCUCACAGCGGUCCAGACGGAGAGCGGCAUCCCCCGGCGCCUGGGACUCCUGGGGACCCCGCUCCCGGGCCCCCCGCAGAGCUCAGCGUCUCACAAGAGAUACCGGCGCCUGCAGAACUAUCUGUACAACGUGCUGGAGCGCCCCCGGGGGUGGGCCUUCGUCUACCACGUCUUCAUAUUCUUCCUCGUGUUCAGCUGUCUGGUGCUCUCUGUAUUCUCCACAAUUCCCGAAUAUCAAAACUUAUCCAACAAGGGCCUGUUCAUACUGGAAUUUGUGAUGAUUGUGGUGUUUGGCAUGGAGUACGUGAUCCGAAUUUGGUCCGCCGGGUGUUGCUGUCGUUACAGAGGAUGGAAGGGACGUCUGAGAUUUGCAAGGAAACCUUUCUGUGUUAUCGAUUUCAUAGUCUUGAUAGCGUCACUGGCAGUGAUCGCAGCUGGAACACAAGGUAACAUCUUUGCAACUUCAGCCCUGCGCAGCAUGAGAUUUCUUCAGAUCUUGCGCAUGGUGCGUAUGGACCGAAGGGGUGGUACUUGGAAAUUGUUGGGCUCGGUGGUGUAUGCUCACAGUAAGGAGCUGAUCACUGCAUGGUACAUAGGUUUUCUGGUGCUAAUUUUUGCCUCCUUCCUGGUAUACCUGGCAGAGAAAGAUGAAAAUACUGAAUUUUCAACCUAUGCUGACUCACUUUGGUGGGGGACGAUUACACUUACUACCAUCGGUUACGGUGAUAAGACACCUCGUACAUGGCUUGGCAGAGUCCUGGCAGCAGGGUUUGCUCUUCUUGGCAUCUCCUUUUUUGCACUUCCAGCGGGUAUUCUGGGUUCUGGUUUUGCGCUAAAAGUUCAAGAACAACAUAGACAGAAGCAUUUUGAGAAGCGGCGGACUCCAGCAGCCAACCUUAUACAGGCUGCAUGGCGUCUAUACUCAACAGAUGUGAGUCGUUCCUACCUCACAGCUACCUGGUAUUACUAUGACAGUAUCCUGCCUUCCUUCAGAGAGCUGCUUCUUUUGUUUGAUACCUGGCAUCGAACCCGUAGCCGAAAUGGAGGGGUUAGGCACUGUCAGGGGUCUCCUCGAUAUCACCCAGUCUCCCCUGCUCUGAAAUCUGCAGCACCCCCUUUCUGUACUGGGGAAAGUAAUAAAGCAGGAUUGAAAGAUCGCAUACGAGGAGCGAGUGCACCAAGGCAGAACACUCGGAGCAAACAGUACUUGGCUCCUCCAGAACGGACUUCCCCUGGGCCAGACCUGACCGCAGAAACUCCCAGUCCUACCAAAGUGCAGAAAAGUUGGAGCUUUAAUGAUCGUACAAGAUUUCGGGCAUCAUUACGACUUAAACCAAAACCCCAAGCAGAUGCAGAGGGCGCAGCAGAUGAUAGUAAUGAGGAGAAGAGACUUCCCAGUGAUCUCACCAUGGAAGACAUCAUGCCAACUGUAAAAACAUUGAUCAGAUCCUUUAGGAUCCUGAAGUUCCUCGUAGCAAAGAGAAAGUUCAAGGAGACUCUUCGUCCAUAUGAUGUGAAGGAUGUCAUUGAGCAGUACUCUGCUGGCCAUCUAGACAUGCUUGGACGAAUAAAGAGUUUGCAGUUCCGUGUGGACCAAAUUGUAGGUCGGGGUCCUAUCCCUAUGGAGAAGAAGCCACGGGAGAAAGGGGAGAAAUUCCCUCCUAUUGGAUCUGAAGCAGAUGCAGCUGAUGAGAUGAGCAUGAUGGGAAGAGUGGUAAAGGUAGAGAGACAGGUUCAAUCCAUUGAAGAAAAACUUGAUGUCCUCCUUGGUUUUUAUUCUCAGUCUCUAAAGAAGGGCCCUGUCAGCUCCUCUACACUGACGUCAAUGCAAUUGCCACUAAUAGACCAUGAUAUGACAUCUGAUUACCAUAGUCCUGUGGAUCAAGUUGAUAUAUCGGUGUCUGCACAGACGCUAAAUAUUUCGCGUUCCGACAGCACCAACAUGGAAUGAAGGACUCACAGUACAGGGGUAGAGUUGCCUUAUGCCUCCAGCUUCUCUACUGGUCAUUGGUAGAGUCACAUGUUUUCCAAUUCACGGCUGGAAUGGCUACAAUACUCCCUGCAUCUUACAACAUAAUGAUUAUUAUGCAAUUUCAAGUCUUCUGGAAAAGAAACCCAGUUUUGUCACAGAGAGGUGAGAAGGACUUGUAAAGCCAUAUAUUCUCUGUGCUGUGCAGUUUUUUUGGUUAGGAGAGAAGAUUUCUGAGAUACCAAGGUCACAAUAUUGAGCUACACUGUGGCCACUGUUAGCAAUCCACAGAAUUUCUGCAUUGUCCUUUCUUGCGUCUAUGUCUUGCUAAGUUGGCGAGUGCCAGCUUUACAGCACUCAGCCUCUAGAAAGUGCCUCAAAGGUCUUAUUAUGCAGAUGCUGCUCCUGUCAAUCUUUCAUCUCCUAGUGCGGGGCAGCACGUGCACUGGUGCACAUGAAACUUGAGCUUCUUACUUCUGGUCUCUGUUCAGCAAGGCAUUUUGCUCAGCCUAGACACCGAGACAAACUGAUAUAUGCAUGGAUUACAGUGAUUGAAGCUUCAUCUCCAGAGGUAGAAGAGCAUCCUCCUUAUCAGUUUCUGCCACCUGCUGGAGCGAAAGCAAAGUAGACAACUGAGAAUUGAACUGUUAGCGUGAACUGAAUGGAUGUCUACCCUCGUCUUUACUGAGGUGUGUGCUUGUGGGAUUGUCUGCUGAGAUGAGUGGAUUACGUUCAUGUAAAAAUAUCAAAGAACUUUUUUUAAUAGGGUGUUUGUGUAAAUAUAUAUUUAUUCCAAUUAGUUGAACCAUUUGUAAAAUAUGUGGUUGUCACACACUAAGCACUAUUUUGUGUUUAUUAGUACAUGAGGACAUGAUGGGUGUGCCUUUCUUCCCCGCGAUCUUUGCUUCCGAGCUGGAAGAUUCUUUGUUGGUCUCUCAGUGGUGAGCCGUGUUGUUCUGUAAAUAGCAUUGUACUACAAUGGAAGAUUCCUUUUUUCUGAUUUCUCGGCAGGGACAAACAAUGUACCGUAUUUUUCGCACUAUAAGACGCGUUUUCCUCCCCCACCCCCCCCAAAAGUGGGGGGAAAAUAGCAGUGCGUCUUAUGGGGGGUGAAUGCUGCGACCGUCCGGUGAAUAUGCUGAG